AUGCCUGGCGAUGAUGGCCUGGCCCAGAUGCGCCUGGGAUUUCGAAAGGCCCUGGCACGGCGGCUCUUCGAACUUGAAGGCGCUGGUGGCAGGUACAGCCCAGAGGAGCGGUCUGCCUUUGAGAAUGGCUACCGUGCAGCGGUGCAAGAUGUACUGGUGAUGGUUGGUGCUGGUCUCGCUGGGAUGGCCUUCCUCACGGUGUGCCUUUCCCCAAGCCUCUAUCAGAAGGUGCGCGAGAUGGUGCGGCCUUGGGUGGUGCGCCAGGUGGAGCUCGGCCGGCCAUUUGUGAUUUGGAUCCAGAAGUUCAGGCAUCCCUUGCUCGACCGAAUGCACUUGUUCGCCGCCAAUUCUUGUGGAGUACUCUUCUACAUCACCAUGCUCCCCUUGCUUUUUUGGGUAGGAGAACUGCAGCUGGCCAGGCAGGCGACCUCGUUCAUGGCGACCUGCAUUUACGUGGGGAAUGCCGUGAAGGACGCCAUCAGUGCUCCACGGCCGGACUGGAGCAAAGGAGUCCGCUUGGUCCGUGAUGGGGCUGGCGAUGGGUCGCAGACGGAUGAGAUGGAGUACGGCUUGCCCAGCACUCACACGAUCAACACGCUUUGCAUGUGGAGCUAUGUUUUCUACUACUACAGCAGCUCCUCCAGCUACGGCGAUGGCUUCUCGGUCUAUUUGCGGACAUUGAGGUCUCCGUGGCUGCUUUUGCUGUUCAUUCUGAACAUCACCUGGUGCUUGUUUAUGAUGCAUGGUCGUGUGUACUUGGGCAUGCACUCGCCCAUCGACAUUGUUGCCGGAUUGGUUUUGGCAGUUCUGUUGCUCCACGUUUACAUCCAAAUUGAUGAUUUCAUCGAUGCCUGGAUGACUGCAACAACUGCUUUCGUACCGGCCUACCAAUUGGCCUUUGCAUCCGUUCUUUGUUGGACUUACCCAAGGGGGUUGCAGAAGACGCCAUCUUACAACUAUGCAGUGUAUUUCACGGGCGUUUGCUUGGGUGUGGUUACUGGGGUUUGGCGUUGCCCGCAUCAUCACAGCGUGGAAGCUGCUGCACGGUUGCGGGAAGUUCGAGGCCCCUUUCCCAGCGUGAGCUUCUUCGUUUUCGGAGGGCGUCGCUUUUUGCUGGGCCUGGUGCUGGUGCUGCUCUUGCGGGCAGUGACCAAGGAGGUCCUGAAGAUCCUUGUCCCAGCAGUGUUGCGGCUUUUGAGCAUUCCGCACUCUGAUCAUGAGGCGCAAGAGAAGGCAAAAAAGAGCCCCAUUGGCUACAACGUCCUGACACCCAUCCGACUGCUGAACUAUGCGGCCGUGGGUUGGGCCGUGGUGGAGCCUUGCUUCGACCUCUUUCAGUGGCUUCACAUCUGA